AAGAUCUCUACCCACGACUAAGUUGCCGAAUAGCACAUCCGGGUGAACAGGGGUCGUGUAAAGGGUUGUUCAACAGAAACAUGUUUUUGCGAAGGGUCUUACAAUGUGGUGUUUCUGCGUUCAAAGGAAGUCGGUCCAUUCAGCAGAGUGCGCCAUGGAGAAGUCCACUCAUACCUAUCGUUGUGGAGCAGACGGGUCGAGGAGAGCGUGCCUAUGACAUUUACUCAAGGCUACUGAGAGAGAGAAUCAUCUGUGUGAUGGGCCCAAUUGAUGACUCUGUGGCCUCUCUGGUUAUCGCCCAGCUGCUCUUUCUCCAGUCAGAGAGCAAUAACAAGCCUAUUCACAUGUACAUCAACAGUCCUGGUGGUGUAGUUACAGCUGGACUUGCGAUCUAUGACACUAUGCAGUACAUCUUAAAUCCCAUUUCUACCUGGUGUGUGGGCCAGGCUGCCAGUAUGGGCAGUCUGCUUCUGGCUGCAGGAACUGCAGGAAUGAGGCAUUCUUUGCCUAAUGCCCGGAUUAUGGUGCACCAGCCCUCCGGAGGUGCAAGGGGGCAAGCAACAGAUAUUGCCAUCCAGGCAGAGGAAAUUCUUAAGCUGAAAAGACAGAUCAACAACAUCUAUUCCAAACACACAGGACAGCCUUUGGAGACUAUAGAGAGUGUGAUGGAGAGAGAUCGGUACAUGAGUCCGAUGGAAGCACAGGAUUUCGGGAUAAUUGACAAGGUCUUGGUUCAUCCUCCACAGGCUGGGCAAGAUGAGCCAGAACUUGUUCAAAAAGAACCCACCAGCCUUGUAAGCACCUCCACUUCCCCUCAACCUCAGGCCUCUGAGACAGGCCAGCCUGGCAGCAACCCUCCCUCCUCCUACAAACCUGAACCCUGAAAUAGACUCCAGGCAGGAGUGAGUAAACAACUGUUUAACUGGUUCAGUGUCUGUUCGGAGAUAUUUGUGGGGACAGUCACCACCUCACACACCACGUUUGAAUCCUGUGACCUUCCUUUCUGUAUUUUACAUUUUAUUGAAAAGUCUCACUAAUUCUAGUCUGGAGACACAGUACUGGAAUCUGGACAUUACAGAUGCAAGUGUAGAGAAGUGUAGAACUCUGUCUAGCUCUCACAUUUGUAUGUUGCACAGAAACAAAACAUUAGGUUAAUUGCAAACGAACUGGAUGGCAACACAAGAUUACAGUACAGGAUUUUAUGUCUGUAUAUUCUAUGAACUGUGUUACCAUGUCAUAUAAUAUACUGUGCCUGUUGGUUUAAUAUAAUCCCUGGCAAGCUAUUUAUUUAGAUAAUGAUACAAAUGAAUCGUCAGAUAAAAUUAUGUUGGUUUUCCUUUCCGGAAACCUCUUUCAUUUAACUAUGUAAUAUUACUGAACUUCAUUACAAUUAAAAUUAGGCCCCAAUAAAGUCACAAGCUUCAAGGUCAUAUAAUCUGAGUGGUUUACACAAGGUAUGUUGAGGGAGUCCAAGAAACACACUAUUUACGGUAUAUGUAAUGUCAUUCUCUGUAUUGACUUCUUAGUUGGAAAGUGAACAGAAUUAAAUGUUUUUGAUCAUGUUUCUUGACAAAGAACAUGAGCAGUAAGUCAAUUAAACAAAUAUCAAUAAUCA